AUGAAAAGCCAUGAGCACGAACUUUUAAACCCUCCUUCCAACAACCAUAUGGUUCGUAUUGAAACGGUGGUGGAUAGAGUCCAGGAUAUUCAUGUUAAUGCCUCGAUUAACUCUGAUGAGUUAAGCAAGCAAAUAAAUAAUACUUUGGACAGCUUGUUCAGCGGACAUAUAGGAGCAGCAUUGAAAAUGGCCGUGUUGACAACCGUGAAAACAUUUAUCGGUCGUUCGGAGGCAGGAGACUCGCAACUCCGCGACUACCAUGUCUUUGUGCAAGACAAUGCACUAGUACGACUUGAUCUGAUGUUGUACAAAUACAACUUCUCGUCAGACAAUGUGCUCCGCUCUGUGAAUACGGUGAAUGCGUACCUAUUUUAUAAAUCCAUUAUAAAUCAUGAGGAAGUUUCUCGUGAUUUAAUGGUUUAUGAAAUUACCCGAUUCGUCACCGGGUAUUUAAAAGCCGGUGACGAAACCUCAACGUCGAAAAUCGAUCAAGAGAAAAUAAAUAAUGAAGUCGCGAAGUAUCUCCAAAGACUUCACGGAGCCCCUAGUGAUAAAAGAAUUACUGGACGAACUAAACCUUUAUCCUUGCCUCUACAGACUUUUCGACAAUGA